UGGCGCGAAUUGGCGGCAAAGAUUCAAAAUGGCGACAAUAACCAAGAAAGACUUAACUGAUGAAUUGGCAGAGUUUGAUAUUACAGUUGAUGACGAAGCUGUCUUAGAAAAGCUGAAAAUGAUUUGCUAUAAAUACAAGUUGAGUGCUGAAGUUGUUGUCAAUGAAUGGGUGGCGUUUUCUGCAAAUUCAAUUGAGUUGUCCCUAAAAUCACUGGAUGAUUUUGAUAGUAAGUUGGCCUGUGAUCGAAAGAAUAAACCAGAAAAAUUUGAAGAUAAAAGUGUCAAAACAUAUAACAAAGACAAUAUUGAUACAUUAAUGCCUGAAGAUCUCAGCAUUUUGCAGAUGUAUCAGACUCCUGAACAUAUGAUAUCAAAUAAAAGGUUUCGCACCACCCCGGAAUCCAAGAACAAAAUGAUUCACACAAAGUUUGGACAAAGAACCCCUGCUAUUUCCCCUGCCAGCUUGCCCACCCCAAUCAGUAGCACGCCGGCAAAACGCUACGAAUCUAGAGAAAAUGCUGGUGAAGUGGUGACGACCUUCAAUCCAACUUGUGUCUUGGACGAGAAUAUAUCAUGGAGCCGGCAGCAGGAUGUUAAAAUAAAGAAUGUUGUAGACGAACCUCUUACAAAAAAAUACAAAUACAUGUUUCAAAAAAUCAUCGACAAAACGCAAGCUUUAAACGACCGCAUUGACAAAAUAGCGUCCUUUUUAAAAAAAUCUCUCGGUAUUGAUGAGUUCCAAUCUCCUGGCAUCAUACAUCAGAAUGAAGUGUCUGUUGCCGGACGUGUUUGUUGCGAUACAAAUGGUAGACUAAACGCCAGUUCACUCAUCCUUCGGGAGUCUGGGACCAACGGCUUUGGUUAUGGCACUUCAGUUUCUCUUUCCAUAAACGACGUCAAUAAAUACAGCUUGUUUCCUGGCAAAGUUAUCGCUGCUAAAGGAAAGAAUCCGACAGGAAAACAGUUCAUAGCUUCCUCGUUUUACGAGGAAAUAUCGCCAUCACCUGCUGAACCAGCGAGGAUUCCUUCAGACUCGUUAAGCAUAUAUACUGCCGUCGGUCCGUUCACGACCACUGAAAGUGAUUCCUACGAACCCUUGAGAGAUUUCUUAAAUGAAGUAACGUCGGUAGAGCCUGAUGUCGUUAUCAUGAUGGGACCGUUUGUGGACGUGAAAAUGAGCUCGUUGAAUAUAUCAACAAAAUUCAUCAUUGUUCCAUCGCACAGAGAUGUUCAUCAUGAUUGCGUUUAUCCGCAGCCUCUUUUGUGUGAAAGAUAUUACAAACACUUUUGUUCCACCCUUAGGACAAAGCCGAAAUCAAAAGAAACAGAGAGCCAAGAAAUUGAAAAGAUUAUUUCUGCUCUGCAUUUCUUCUCGGAUCCCUGCACCAUUGAGAUCAACGGAUUCACUAUAGGAAUGACGUCAACAGAUGUCAUGCUUCAUAUGGGAGGCGAAGAAAUUGUUAGUCCUCCAGGAUCUACUGACAAAAUGGGCCGACUUAUUCACAAUAUACUUACACAACAAUGUUACUAUCCGUUGUUUCCUCCAUCGGAAGACGUCUGUAUCGACUACGAGACAUUUGCUGAGCAUGCGCACUUACCAUGUAGGCCGGAUGCGUUUAUUGUGCCAUCAGAUCUGAGAUACUUCGUCAAGGAUAUCUUGGGUACGCUGUGCAUUAAUCCCGGUAGGUUAACGAAAGGAUUAGUCGGAGGGACAUUCGCUCGCUUUUUGCUUAGAAAGGAUCAAGGCGAACAGUCGGUGGUUAGCAAAUCUUAUGUGCAAAUUGUCAAGAUUUAAAUUCAUUGAGAUAAGUGGAAUAUUGCCUAAAUAAUCUAUGAUUUCAUUUGUUUUAUGUCUUUGACAAUAAAAUGGAGGAAAAUUCGCUCACAAGCGUAAA